CUUGCCUAAAGUCACAUGGCCUUUGUGCGCACCGCCCAGCCGCUUCACGCCCGUUUGUCCUACAGGCCGCAUCCUGUCCUCAGGCCUCGCCCUUUGUCCCUCCCCGAGCACACGCCUCCGUGUCUAGCCGCGCAUCGUCUCCGCAGGCACGUCUCUUCACCAGCUCCGACCGACUGGCGCGGUCGCCCCGCACGCACGGCGCCUGCGUGCCCCCGUCCGCUGGCUCCCCGCCCGUACGUCGCGAGGCCCUGCACCGUCCCGCCCCGGUCGCCGGGGACGCCUGGCCCCGCCUUCGUCGUCCCUGCGCCCCGCGGUGCCCCCACCUGGGUCACUGGCGCCACGCUCCUUCGACCGGCCUGUCCGCCUCCCCGCCUCGCGUCGCCAGCGUCACCCGCCCCACGUCGCGUCUUCCGCGACGCCUUCCCCGGAGCUCGCUCAUCGGCCAUGGGGGCGGCCGUCGGGCCGUGGGGCCUCCGUGCGGGGUUCCCGGCACUGGUCGGCUUGCGCCACGCGGGGCUUUUUCUGGGCGGCGCGCGCAGCUUGCACGGCUCGUCGGUCUCCUGGGGCAAGAACCUGCUCAAGAAGUUUGCCUCGAAAACCAGAAAGAAGUUUUGGUAUGAAGGUCCUACCUUGGGCUCCCACUUGACGUACAAGCCACCCCAGUCGAACUUCCUGAUGAAGAGUGCCACCAAGAAAACCAAGAAGGGGGACCACGUGCGACUGAGGGCCCUAAAUGGCCUCCUCUACAAAGCGUUGACCGAUCUGCUGUCCACCCCUGAAGUGAGCCAGGAGACCUAUGACCUGAACCUGGAGCUCUGCAAGGUCUCUCUGACUCCAGACUUCUCCGCCUGCCGUGUGUACUGGAAGAUGGCUGUGUCUGCGGAGCAGAAGACGCACACAGAGGCUGUACUGCAGAGAAGCGCGUCACACAUCAGACAUCUUUUGAUGUCCCGGCAGACCCUGAGGAACAUGCCACCCAUAGUGUUCAUUCAGGACAAAGAAAGCGCAGCUCUAGCUGAGGUUGACCGGUUAUUGGCAAUUGCUGAUUUUGGAUCCCCAGAUGAAAAAGAUGACUUUACACAAAAUGAUUUCAGGGACCCUGAGGCCCUGGACACCCUGGACUCUGCCCCACAUUCAUGCCUGUGUGAGAUUGAUCAUGAGGCGCUCAACAAGCAGAUCAUGGAGCACAAGAGGAGAGAGAGGGGCAAGGGGGGCACGGAUGCACUGCAGCUGGUGGCGACCAAGCAAACGAGGAAGAGGCCCCAUGUGGACCAUGACCUGUCCCAGGCACUACCUGUGGGGGACAGGGAUGAAGGUAGCCCAGAUGAUGGCAGGGCCCCUGAGAAGCACCCUGGGACAUGGAUGGGGGUCAAGGUGACUGCCAGGGGUCACACCAAGGGUGGAUCAUGAGUGUCAUCUCUAUUGAGCUGACCCAUGUCGGCUUAUGGCAGGAGCUCUGCCUUGAGAAAAUGCUUGUGCGGUGCACCCCGGGAAAGCCUUUGCACAAGCCGCGUUUGCUUGUCCCCAUAACAGCACGAUGAGACAGCCACCAAGAAGUGAGUAAAAACCCAGGGUGACGGCCAUGUGGCCAGGCCACGUGAUGAGCGGGUUCACCUCACUGGGCCCCUUGGUGACUUUUCACGGGAUGCACACACUCCCAGUAAGUCCAGACAAGGGGAGGCUCUGUCCUUGUUCUGUCUCACGCUGUGAGCACUUGUCCUUUUCAUAGUCUAGUCAGUGCCACAUUUUUCACAUUUUUUGUGACUUUUGAUGGUGAUUUCACUGUUGAAAAUGGCCCCAAGUGUGGUGCUGAAGUGUGUUUAGGGCCUGGAGUGUGAGGUAGCUGUGAUGUGCCUCCAUGUGUGUGUUAGGUGAGUGUUGUUCAGGCACGAGUUAUGGUGCUGGGAGAAAAUAAAAUACGUCAUUAUUUCAGUGUGA